AUGGCGUCUUCAGUGCGACGUACUGUGGGAAACGAAGCUACAAGCGAACCCGUGACUAUUAAAUGUGAAUUUGAUGAGCACAAUGUUAUUUUUCAUGAUGGUGUCGGUGAUUUAGCAGAAACAAUGACUCUAGGUUUACACUCAAUGACGAAUAAUACAUUUGGAAACAAUGCCGAAAGUUUAGAUUGCGUAGUUUGCGGUGAUCGAGCGACCGGAAAACAUUACGGAGCAAUAUCAUGUGAUGGAUGUAAAGGUUUCUUUCGACGAAGUGUUCGAAAGAAUCCUGUUUACGAAUGUCGCCAUCAGAAUAAUUGUACUAUUGAUAAAGAUAAACGUAAUCAAUGUCGACAUUGCCGAUGGAAAAAAUGUAUUCGAAUGGGUAUGAAGAAAGAUGCGGUGCAAAAGGAAAGAGACCGUCUCGGAAGGCAACGCAGUCAUCAUAACUAUGGAGUGAUGAAUACGAAACUUCAUUCAAACCUUACUGGUGAUAUUAACGAGGAUGAAGAUGAUUUAAGUGUAACAGCAUUGUUAAGAGCAGAAAAAACAGCACAAGAGUACAUCGGUCGACAAUUUCAACUUGAUCGUCAGCCAUCGGAUACUGAACGCGUUCAAGCGACAUUAGAAACAAUUGGUAUAUCAAUGAAUUAUCAACUUCGUAGCUUGAUUGAAUGGGCGAAAGAUUUGAAAGGCUUUGUUGAACUAUCAGACAAUGAUAAAAUUGCUUUGUUACGUGGUCAUACAGGUGAAAAUCUCAUCUUAGGUGUUGCAUGUCGAUCAUUGGGCUGUGAUGAUUAUCUGAUGUUGGGUAAUCAUUAUGUUAUACCUCGAAAUGCCUCAGAUCCAGGUUUAAGCCGUGCGGCUGUUCGAAUUCUCGAUGAAAUUGUAAAACCAUUAAAAGAAAAUCAACUGGACGAAAAAGAAUAUGCUUGUUUGAAAGCAAUUGUAUUUUUCGAUAAUGAUAAUAAAUCCUUAUCCGAUCCAAUGCGUGUCAAAGAACUACGUCGACGUGUCCAAGUCAAUCUUGAAACAUACAUUAAUCAACAGAGACCGUUGAUGCGUGGACGUUUUGGUGAUUUACUACUGUUGAUACCACGAUUGCAAAAUAUCGCUCGACUAAUGGUCGAUCUUGUUGCACGUUACAAUCAAGAUACGAAACAAGUUGAUGAUCUAAUUAAUGAAAUGCUUUUGAAUAGAUAUCGGGAUGAUUGUCAGGAGGCGGUGAUAUCGACAACAACGAAUUCAACGUAUUCAAAUACCAAUACGACAUCUUCAUCACCGAGUAAUUCAAUUUCAAAAGAAAAUGAUCUUGAUUCGAAUGCGUCUUCAAUCGAUACAGACAUGGAAGACAAUCUUUCUCAGGAUAAUCACCAACAUUUCGAUCAGCUUACAUCAGCUACUCCGACCACGAAUUCAGUUUUAAUCGUACCACGAACGAUCGAUGAUGAAUUAAAUGACGUUUCACUAAACGAAAACGAUGAAUAUUUAACAAAUAAUCUAUCACACAUUCGUCUUCUUCAUCCAUCCGUCAAUACCGAUCCAAACUUGAAUCAUCAUAAUAGAACAAUCAUUGAUAACAAUCGGAUAUCGAGCGAUCUCCAGCCAUUUCAACCGCAACAAGUUCUCUCCUAUUUCUCGAAUGAACGUCCGAAGUUGAUUAAAUCCGAAUCGAUUCCAACACCACUAACAUCAACAAAUUCAACAGUCAAUCCGAACUAUGAUCCCACUAGUGAUAUGACAUUUCUCUAUGAUCUCGUUACACCACCGGCAAAUCCACCAAAUCGACGUUUAAUACAAUCACAAUCGAAUCAGAAUAUGACUAAUUUAUUCGAUGAUACUUGGAAUGGCUGA